AUGGCUAUGUUACUUGCCAUCGUUCUUCUCCACCCCGAACUGGGAGAUCCGGAACCCCUGAGGAGCAAUCAACUGUUUACGCUGUUGAACUACCUCAAUUCGCUGUUCAUAUCGCUGACGCUGUUUUUACCAAUGUGCAUUCAAUACUUCUACGACACGACCGUAAGCUGUUCGCGUAUCCAGAAAUUUCUGCUGAUCCCGGAGCUCGAAGGGGACCAGUUGCCAUUAGUAGAUCAUUCACCCUCCCCCAUGGUGUCUAUGAACAACGUAUACGCACGCUGGAGCAAUGAAGACAACAGGUUCGUUCUGUCCGAUGUGUCCUUCGAAAUAUCUGGCCCCCACCUUAUUGCUGUUGUCGGCCCCGUGGGAAGCGGCAAAACCUCCCUUCUACAAGCCAUACUGGGUGAACUACCCUAUACCAAGGGUAGCGUGACUCGGUGCUCCAACGUGGCUUAUAUGCCACAGCUGUCGUGGGUUUUUCCUGGAACCGUGAGAGAGAAUGUCCUCGGAUCCUUCCAGUAUGAGCCUUCUCGAUACAUGGAGGUUUUAAAAGCAACAACUCUGAAUGUGGAUGUGAGUCGUUUUUCACACGGAGACCUAACACAAGUUGGAGAACGAGGAGUUAGUCUGAGUGGUGGGCAGAAGGCUCGAAUCGGACUCGCGCGAGCCGCAUACACCUCCGCCGACUUGCUGCUACUCGAUGAUCCCCUUGCUGCCGUGGAUGCACGAGUGGCCAGUCACCUGUUUGAGCACUGUAUUUGCGGCAUGCUUUCGAAUCGGCUGCGAGUACUUGUGACACAUCAGCACCACUUGCUGCCCAAAGUGGACAAAAUUAUUGUCAUGAAAGAGGGGAGAAUUGCACACUUUGGUACCUAUAAUCAAUUGUUGGACCAGGGCGUGGACUUCGCUCUUUUACGUGAUGAGGCUCCGAAGAGGAUUGUUCCCGUUGAAAGCACCCUGAAUGAUCAUUACUUCCUUUCUAACAAGGAAAAUUUUGGCAAUCAUACCACAACACCAGGGUUCGCCAAUCAGAUGCAGAAAAAUAGUUUCUUAUCGGACAAGUUUGCUAACCAUGUCAACUCACGGCGAACGAAAAGCGCACGGGGCUUGUCAUCUUUUCGCCGAGAGUUAAAUCGUCCCUAUUUGAUUGAUAAUGUUGAGCGCCACGGACCUGAUGCCGAUCCCAAUUGCAUACCGGAAGUGUUGAUAUCACAGAGCACUGACAGGCUGCAGCAUCCACCAACUCCCUCGGAUUACUACGAUAAACGACUGAUCAGCUCAACCGAAAUCCACGGGCCGAAGUCUUUUGUCCGAAAGCGCUUAACCGAAAAAGACUCUUCGUGCAGCCACCCUAACGAUACUCCUCGUGGGUCCAUCACGUCGCGUAUUGCAUUUAGCAUGGAGAAUGUCCUUGCCUCCGGAAUGAUAGACCGUCUCUCUGUCAACAUCGGUGACGACGAAGGCAAAGAGCUUUCCGAUCACAUUUUGGACGAAACUGAGGAGCUCCCUCCGGAGGAGGAAUAUCGGAGGGGUUCCGUCAGCUGGAAAUUCUACAUCAUCCUUGGUCGCAUCGGUGGUGGUUGGUUUGGUGUCUUCGGCACACUCUUCUUGUUCAUCGCCACCAUUGUUAACUACUCCGGUUGUGAUGUGUGGUUGAGCGAAUGGUCCACUGUUGUGGAUUCACGUCAACUACUUGGCAACGCCAGUAACCUCACGCUCUCCAAUGAUCUCGUUCUGUGGGACAUGUCCAACAACAGGUUCAAUUUACUCGUGUACUGCCUUCUAACCGUCUCCCUCAUUCUCAUCAGCUCACUGAGAUCCCUUGCCUUCUAUGUGAUCCUAAUUAACUCUUCCAAGCGAUUGCACGAUGGGAUGCUUCGUGCAUGUUUGGCCACCAGACUGAAGAUCGAAACACUCAAGGAAGGUCGCACCAUAGCUGGUUUGUGGUUUACCACCUUGAACGACGUUCAACUGGGAAGCGUCAUCGCGAACCUACCCGGCGGUCUUGACUCUACAAUUGUCGAGGGUGGCUUGAAUUUCAGUACCGGUCAACGUCAACUGUUGGCUCUGGCACGUGCCAUUCUCGGAGGUAACCAAAUCUUGGUGGUGGACGAGGCGACCGCUAACGUCGACCCAGAAACGGAUGCGGUAAUCCAAAAAACAUUACGUAGCCAGUUCUCUAGUUGUACCGUCCUAACGGUUGCACACCGUUUGCGGACGGUGAUUGACAACGAGGUGAUCGUUGUCAUGGACGGAGGCCGGAUAAUCGAAAUGGGUGCUCCGCACGCGCUCCUUAAUCCACAGCUGGCCGAGAGAGACAAGGAACGCUUUUAUGCAGACCAGGAAGGAAAAAGGGACGAAUCACCCUUUGAGGAGGUCGACGGUGUGUCUGGUAGUGGACCUUUGGCCCGAUUGGUGCGACAGACUGGAUUGGAAGAGGCUAAGCUCUUGGCUCAAACGGCCAGAGAUGCAUACAUUAAAAUGUUAUCUCUUAAACCCCAUGAAUACCCCUGAAUUUACUCCCUCUAUCGAGAAGAUGCUGUUUUGUGAUUUGUCGAUUCCAUCCUACUUUGUUGUAUUCUGGACAUAUUAGAUUCUGUCGGCUGUGAUGUGCA